AUGUCCGCCACUACUCCCAAGGCCGACGCGCCUACUGGCCUCGGCCUCUACUCCAGAUUCGCCUUCGCUGGUGCUGUCUGCUGUUCCGUCACUCACGGAGCUCUCACUCCUGUCGAUGUCGUCAAGACCAGAAUCCAGCUUGACCCCGUCACCUACAACCGUGGUAUGAUCGGUGGCUUCAAGCAGGUCAUUGCCAACGAGGGUGCUGGCGCUCUCCUCACUGGUUUCGGUCCUACCGCUGCCGGUUACUUCCUCCAGGGUGCUUUCAAGUUUGGAGGUUACGAGUUCUUCAAGCAGCAGUGGAUCAACCAGCUCGGUCUGGAGACUGCCUCCAACAACCGCACCGCCAUCUACCUUGCCUCUUCCGCCACCGCUGAGUUCUUCGCUGAUAUCGCCCUGUGCCCUCUUGAGGCCACCCGUAUUCGUCUCGUCUCCCAGCCUACCUUCGCUUCCGGUCUCAUGAGCGGUUUCGGUAAGAUCCUCAAGAACGAGGGUAUCGGUGCUUUCUACUCUGGUUUCGGUCCUAUGCUCUUCAAGCAGGUUCCUUACACUAUGGCCAAGUUCGUCGUUUUCGAGAAGACCGUCGAGGCUGUCUACGGCGUCGUUGACAAGAACUCUAUCUCCGAGGGUGCUAAGACUGGUAUCAACCUUGGCUCUGGUCUCAUUGCUGGUUUCGCUGCUGCCAUCGUCUCCCAGCCCGCCGACACUAUGCUCUCCAAGAUCAACAAGACCCCCGGUGAGCCCGGUGAGGGUACCAUUUCUCGUCUCAUCAAGAUCGGUAAGGAGCUUGGUCUCCGUGGCUCUUACGCCGGUAUCGGUGCUCGUCUCUUCAUGGUUGGUACCAUCACCGCUGGUCAGUUCGCCAUCUACGGUGACAUCAAGCGUCUCCUCGGUGCCACUGGUGGUGUUGAGAUCGGCAAAUAAGCGUCGAAUUGUACGAUUACUUGACUAUGUUAGACCUUUAGUUUUGAUACAAUGC